CUGUCACGUGACGCUUUGACAGUUGAACGCAAAGGCACGAAAAGGCCUUUUGGUUUUGGACCAAUAUUUAAACAAAACGAGUAGAGUUAAACAUGGGAUUUUCCUAAAUUAUGUAAAAAAAUAGUACAUAAUGCAGAAAGAUUGCACAAGAAGAACUAAUUCCAUCAUUUUGUUUUUGCUAAAUUGGCGCCGUAUUGUAAUGCACGUACCCUGCAAAUUCAACUGCCAAAAAGUGACAGGCUCGGAGCACGGGCUUUGUUUAUCAACAUUGCACAGACCAAAUUCACAAGUUUCACAACGCGAAAAAAUGCCCGCAAUCGAAGCUACAAUUAAAAGCCAGGGCGCUACCGAGGCGGUCACACAAGAGGUCACGGGCAGCAAUAUGAGUGAGCUGAUUUCAAGCAUCAAAGUGGUAAAGGAUUCGUUGAACGAUCUGCUUACCGCGAUUGUGGUACGGGACACGAGUUCGGGUAGUGCACGAAAGGAACGCACGGAAGAAGCUACAGAAGAGGGGGCAGCUGAUGGUGAAAGUAGUGAUGAACCGGAAGAGGGCGACAAAGAAUCCAACAAGCGUCAGAAGGUGUAGACCGUAGAACAGCUUUCAAAGUGCAGUAUAAAGCGAUAGCGAAUGCAUUUUUGAAUUUUACCGGUUUCAGUUGUAUGUAAGUGUGCCUUUUUGAAUUGACCAUGUUUUGAAGUAAAAGCAGGCAGCAUGCGACCGGUGCGCGCAUGUCGCCACCGACCUGCCGUUGCUAGGACGCAAUGUUCGGAGGUGUCAAACAAGUGGCUCUAAGUACGGAAUAAGAUUGCGAAAUUGUUUCCUCUAAAAUCCACAAUAAAAGUUAACUAACGAAUUAACAUUACGCACAUCGGUAUGUGUGAUCUAUCGAAGCCUAAUUUUCAUUCGACCGAAUCGUCCGAGAGUGAAGAUGUUAGCGACACCACAACUAGAGCAUCGACGACCGAAUCUCACAGUCAGCUCGGCCCGAAAGCCAUGUUCAACGAGAUGGAAAGUGGUAUGAUAAACAUCGUAAUCGAGGAAGCGACGUACAAGCUGAUCGUCAUCAACCGGGAUGGGGACAAAACGAGCGCCCCGAUCGUACGGAAGCCGCCGAUGCACGUCCGCUUCGAUCCGUCGUACAAGAACCAGCUGCUAAGCGAAAACAUGGUCGUCGAUUUGGCGAUGGGAAAAAUGAUUCUCGUAAAGCUGCAGAAUGAUGUCUCCAAUUUACGCAAGCUGCUUUCGGACACGCACACGGAGAUGGCGGAGUUUGGUACGUUCGAGACUCUGCAAACCUUCAUGGACAACGACAUCCAAAGCGAACAGGAGGAGCUAAUUCUGAUCCGGGACAGUAUCUUGAAUGAGAAAAAGCUGAAAAUACUGCAAACCCAGCUCGAGGGCGUCAAUCGUGAGUGCAAGAACGUGCUGAAGCAGCUCGACGACGAAAUAUUCGACCUGGAGACGAAGCUCAAGGACGCACGGAUUGAGAACGACAUCAAGACGAAGCUGGUCCAGCAGUGGGAGCGUACCCGGCACGAGCAGGCGCGCAUCAUCAUCGAGGGCAAGGAGAACGAACUGGCGCACACGGCCACACAGACGAAAGCGAACAUCGAGCGCGAGUUGCGGCUGAAAAGCGAAAUCGAUGUGUACAUCAACUACUGCAUCGAUCAGAUCAGUGAAAAGAUCGCCUUCUGGACGGAUAAGUACCAGCGGGAGAUAAAGGCGCUGGAUGCACAGAUUGCCGAGCACAAGGACAAGAUCGUGAACCUGAAGGUGCAGUUCGAGGAGAUGACGAUACUGUUCAAGCAUCGCGAGAAGGAUCUGAAAAUUUGUGCCGAGUUUAUGAAGGAGCGGGAGCAGCAGCUGGCACUCGCCAACAAGCAGAUGCGUUCGGCGAUCAAGAUCCAGUCCUGGUGGCGCGGCACGAUGGUGCGCAAGGGGUUGGGACAGUUUAAGCGCAAGAAAAAGCAAAAGCCCCAGAAGGCACCGAAGAAGGGAAAGAAGGGAAAGUAAGGUGGAUGAAAAUGAGUGAAAGGUAAGGCUAUAACUAUAAGGCCAUAUUUUUAUUCUAGCUAUCGUUGAUAAAGAGUUGCAACAUGUAAUUCGUCCCUUUAACUGCUUGGUUCCAGAAUGUAAAACUUCGAGGCGUUACAAAAACCUUUUUGGCAAGACCAGACGACUGGACGAGAACAUUUCCCACGCGCUGGCAGUACCACCUUUUAUAAGACGAGCAAGAAAAAAGAAUUUACGACAGAAACACACUUGCUAUUUAGAUCCCAAAACGUAAAGAUCGCGUGUGUUAGUAUUACGACGGCGAACGGAUCUGUGGGCCAUCGGCGAAGGAUGCGGCCUUGUACAUCAAACCCGCUCGGGUAACAGCAAUUUUCUCAACCGUUCAAUAUCAAUAGUCAACUUUCCCGUUAGUUGCUCUCUCAAGUAAUUUGAGAAACCUAUGUCGCAGAAGGGGGUGAGGAGGGAAAAGAGAUUUCUUUCGUGAUCCGAAUAUGGAGUUAGUGUUGGAAAUUCUUUCUGCCUCGUCUUUUAAAAGGUGGUACUGCCAGCGCUUUGGCUGUCGUCUGAUCGUGCCAAAAAGGUUUUGUAAACGCCUCGAAGUCUUACAAACAAGUUUGUUGGAUGAACAAGACUGAACAAUUUUUGGAGUCACAACAGUAGAGUAUAUUUCCUAAGGACAGAAACACAGAAAAAAAUGCACCAUUAUUAAACCAUAAACAUAAAUAAGAAAACCAUACAUGGAUCAUCUUAUUGAAUAUGCAUCCUAUUUCUUAUUUUCAAUUCAAUUUUAUUCUUAUUAUUAAACCACAUGAAGCAAACGACAAAGGGAAGUACAGCACUACUUUAAUUUCCGACAGCACAUGUUUUGGUACGUGAAUAGGCAUGCCAUUAAAUAACCCGUAGACAUAGUGAAAUCGUAGAGGAAAGCGCAAUUGCAACUUGCAAUUAAUUUCGGGAUUUUAAGCCACCAGACGCGGUCGAUUGAUCUGCCAAUGAAGGCUACCUUCUCUCUAUCAUUAAAUAACUGAAUCCAACGUCCGUUAAUGAGUGCGCUAGAAGCCUCUAUUUGAGCAUUCGAAACCCAUUUUAUGUUUUUUUCCAUCAUUUAAUUGUGUUUUGUACAUGAUCUUUCCAAUAAUAAAAAAAACUCCAAGCUUUGUUUUAUACAAUUGAGAAAAGCGUUUCGUACGGAAUGCGUGAGAAACGGUGUAAAAAAUAUGCUUUUUAAGAUCCAUUAUACAUAUAAUAGUAAGAUGCAUGCAUUAUUAAAACGUCGCGGCGAGUGCAUCGGAUUGCAAACCAUAAUGAUAAAACGAGUUUUUAACGGCCAAUCAUGUAAUUGAGAUUACGUUGAAGAGCAGUUUCGUAAUCACUCUACGGAAAACGUUCAAUUGAUCUGAGGUCAAAAGCAGUGUGGCAGGAACUAUAAACACAUUUGUAAAAAAUAACAAUAAAAAAUGUAAUUGCAACAUUACAUUGUAAUCGUCUUAUUAAUUUUGUAAUAACUAUCCAUAAAAACAAAACCUGGUUUUUGUUUCUGUUAGUAAGAUAAAAUAUUUUCCUAUUUAAAUUCGCUGAUAUCGGGUGUUUUUGGUGAUAAUGAAAGUACUAGCUAGAUGUUGUUAUCCUAUCAAUUUGACUGUUUAACUAAAUGGAACGUGUAAAAGCACCAAAUAUGCACUUAAAAAUCAUUAAAUGAGACACCUGAUCGCACCAUCGCUGGCAACAAUAUACGAAUUAAUUAAUUAAUCUUUUCAGUUAGCCAACCACAAGGUAUACAGCAUAUAACGUGCAUGUUUCUAGACAAUUACGCCGUGCAUGUAGCAUAUCUGCGAUGAAUUUAUCACACCAAUAAAAGGAGCUUGUUCCGCGUUCGAAUUCGCUCCCGAAACUGCA